GGGGCGAGCCAUUCACUAGCGAGCAGAGAGAGAGGGAGAGAGCGAAAAAGAGAAAAAGAGAAAGAAAAGGGCUGAGUACAUGAGCGCGACUCCUAAUGUUUUAAUCACGGCGCAGUUCUAGGUAAUUUAAGUGGAUUUUAUCGAAGGUUAUUUGAGAGCUUGUUGUUCAGCGUCCAGCGGUGUGACCGCUGAGUGCUUCUGUCAUGGAUCUGAAUAAUAUGGACUCGGGUGAUAUCCUACCUGUGGUCAUUAUUGGGAAUGGCCCUUCCGGAAUUUGCCUUUCAUACUUAUUAUCAGGACAUACACCCUAUUUCUCUCCUGAGGCUUUCCACCCUAACCCGAUCCUGUGCAGAAAACUUGAAGAGAACUCUCAUUUGUCAUUGUUUGAACAGGAUCUGGAAUACCUGUGUGAAGGCUUGGAAGGCAGAUCUUCAAAUCCUUUGGCUGUACUCUUUGAUUCAUUGCUCCUACCAGACAGUGACUAUGGAUUAGAGUGUGCCUCUCCAUUGCUCUGGCGGUAUGAGCCAGAUAGAGCCAUUAACCACCUUGUGCUUGGAAAAGGACCACCUGGAGGGGCAUGGCAUUCCAUGGAGGGAUCCAUGUUAACACUUAGCCUUGCUAACUGGAUGGAGCUUCCUGGCCUCAAACUGAAGGAAUGGAUGAGGGAGAAACGCAGGAAUGUUCGCAAUGACCGUGCCACACCAGCAGAUAUCGCCUCCUACUACCAGCACUAUGUGAAUAAGAUGGGCCUUAGUAAAAACUUUGCCCAGUGUACCAUGGUGACCUCAGUACAGCGAGUCUCUCUUCGCACAGGCCACUCUGGCUGGCACAUCCAGGGCACACAGAAGCUCGAUAAUGGAGAUGAUGUGCCCUUCUUGGUGCAGGCAGAGAAUGUAGUGCUGGCUACAGGCACCAGCGAUGCCCCAGCCUGCCUUGGAGUCGAAGGAGAGUCGCUACCCUUUGUGUGCCACAGCUUUCAAGAGUUUGAGACAGUCAUCUCAAGUGGAAGUUUGUGCAGAUCAUCAGAGCCUGUUCUGGUGGUUGGAGCAGGGCUAACUGCAGCUGAUGCUGUUCUAUGCACCCACCACCUUAAUGUGCCUGUGUAUCAUGCAUUUCGCAGAGGUGUCUCAGACCCAGCGCUUAUUUUCAACCAGCUGCCUCGUGUUCUCUACCCCGAGUAUCACAAAGUUCACCAGAUGAUGAGCCAGCAGCAGCACCAGCCAAGCCAUUCAGUACCUACUUUUCUCUCACAGCAUGUGGAAACACCAGACAAUGACCAUACUAACUCCUCUUGCUCUUACCCUGGAUAUCUGAGCUUCCCGAAAUACCGUGUUUUGUCUUUUAAACCCAACGGCAAGUGCGUCCUGGAGGCUGAGGAUGGGCAACAUGUGGUGCUGCAGGUUUCCUUGGCACUGGUUUUGAUUGGCUCACAACCUAAUCUUUCAUUUUUGCCUGAGGAGGGAAGGCAACUGGGGAUGGAGCCAGGACAACCAAUCAACUGUCGGCGCAACCCAAUUAAGGUGGAGCCGUAUACCUAUGAAUGUGUGCAAGAAGUAGGACUGUAUGCUCUGGGUCCUCUGGUGGGUGAGAACUUUGUGCGCUUUCUCAAGGGUGGUGCACUGGGAGCUGCAUGCCAUCUAAUGCAAAAAAAGCGGGACAGAGCACAAAAUGCAGCGACUGUCCUAUCAUAGCCAGGAUGUAGGGGAGAGAAAAGUGGGGAAAAAAAACAAAAAGAUAAAAGCUAGGGCUAGGGGAGUCAGUAAACCCUGUUGAGGGAGCCUUUCUUGUUUAUGAACGGCAGGCCUUAUUUACCAGUAUUUCAGUAAAGGUGUGUGUAAGCAAAACCUUGCCAACUUUCCACCAGAUUUACAAAGAUUGAAAAUCUCCAUAAAAGGCAAGGCUGUCCAUGUUGAAAUAAGAAAUUACUCAGAAAAAGAUGUUCUCAAAAGAGUUAUGUCAGCAUGUCCCAAUGACUGAAAUUCUGAAAUUUGGUUCCAUGAAAUCAGAAUUAUAGAUUUAAUGUAGCCAGGUGAUCAUCACCAAGCACAUCACAUAGGGAAACUGCAAUAAAUGCUUUUUUGUUUUGUUUGUUUAUUUUUAUUACUUAAUUAAAACAUCUUGUCUACUGUUAGUAAGAAAACCCCCACACACUAAUGUGCCCUUCCCAAUUCGGUGCUGGGAAAUCAGGAAGGCAUUGGUCAUUUGGUGCUGGCUCUAAUAAUAUUGCAGAGCAUUUAAAAAAAAGAUGCCUUGUUAAACAUAACUAACCUGUGUGCUGAGCCAUUACAGCCCACCCUCUUUUAUACAGCAGCAUUUCUACUUUUAUGGCUAGUCUAACUUGUAUCUUGGCCAAUAUAUAUAGGUGUAUCUUGGCCUAUAUAUAUAUAUAUAUAUAUAUAUAUAUAUAAAUAUAUAAAUAAACUUAU